CCAGCAACCAGCCAAUGACGCUCAACUUCCUGCUUCUAACAUUUUUGUAUUGUUGUCUGACUGCGUCCCUCAGCGACACCCACACAACCCUCUUUGCAACAGAGCAGGAUACAACUUUCAGAAUCAUGUGGGAAUCUCAGAGAACUUUUUAAACUUAGGUGGACCAUGUCACUUUCGGAGGAAGAUCUCACCUGCCCCAUCUGCCAUGAAAUCUUCUCUGACCCGGUGGUGCUGUCAUGCAGCCACAGCUUCUGCAGGACAUGUCAAGAGCGCUGCUGGGACGCGCGUCUUCAUGAGUGUCCCAUCUGUCGCAGGAAGAGCUCCAAGUCCAGCCACUUCCCUAACCUGGCCCUGAAGAACAUCUGCGAGGCCGUGGUCUCCCGCAAAGAGAUGGAAGCUGAGGAGGAGAGGCUGAUGUGUCCCCUGCACAGAGAGAAGUUUAAACUUUUCUGUCUGGAGGACAAGGAGCCCAUCUGCGUCGUGUGCCACUGCUCCAUGGCGCACAAGGACCACCAGUGCUCACCUGUAGAAGAGGCGACGACAGACUGCAAGAAGAAAAUGAACAAGUCCCUCAAGAGCCUGGAAGACAAAUUGAGCAAGCUGAAUACCAUCCAAAAGUCCUCCACCGACAUGUUUAAGUACAUCAAAGAACAGGCAGCGGCCACACAACGUCGGAUCCGGGGUCAGUUCGAGCAGCUCCGUCAAAUGCUGGAUCGGGAGGAGGAGGCCCGGCUGGCGGCGGUCAAGCGGGAGGAAGAGGAGAUAGGGGCCAAGAUGAAGGCGAUUUCGGCCGAGAUGAUGUCGUUGGCGGAACACAUCCAAGUCGUGCGCCAGCUUCUGGAGGAAGACGACAUGGUCUUGUUGAAGAACUUUAAAGAUAAUGAGGACAGAAGCACAACAUUGGGCUCCGACAACAUGAGUGGUGUUCUUAUCGAUGUGACCAACCAUCUCUCCAACCUCAAGUACAGAGUGUGGGAAAAAAUGCUGGAACAUAUUGAUUAUACCCCGGUGACCUUGGACCCAAACACAGCACACCCUUGCCUCAUCCUGUCCGACGACCUCACUUCCUGCCACUAUACCGACCAAAUGAACUCUUGCCCUGACAACCCGGAGCGCUUCCACCUGAGCGCCGAGGUGGUCGGCGCCACGGCACUGGGCUCGGGCAGCCAUCGCUGGGUGGUGCAGACUGAAAGCAACCAAGACUGGCUCCUGGGCGUGGCUUCCUCAUCCAUCCCCAGGAACGCCGAGGUCAACGCCAGACCCGAGAACGGCUUCUGGACUUUGUGCUUUAGGGAUGGCCAGGUCAAGGCCAUGACCUCCCCACCGAGACGGCUGGCUGUGUCCAAGACGCCGAAGCGAAUCAAAGUGCACGUGGAUUACGACAAAGGCACCGUGAUGUUUUGGGACGCCGAUGACGAUUCGCUGAUUCACGCUUACGAGCACACCUUUAAUGAAACGCUGCUUCCUUAUUUUUACACGCAAAGCUGCCAUCCGUUAAAGAUUCUUCCGGAGAAGGGGGCUUGUCACUAUGCUGAGGCAAUGAAACCUCGAUUGGAACUUCUCAACUUAAAUUUGCAUUCUGAUUAAAAUUCAAUUCUAUUAGUAUCUUCCAUUCAACUUCUAUAAAGUCUGCUUUUUCAUGUCGGGAAGGGACUCUGCAGGCCUGCACUAUUUUUGCACCUUUAAAAAAAAUGCACAUAAUGCCAAGCUCAGACAGUUAUUAAAAUACAAAUUGCAUUAUUGCUGUUGUACACACGAGGGCGCUAUGUCAAAUGAACUUUGUAUUUUGCUGUCAUUAAGGUACAAGUAUCCAAACACAAUCACACUUUAAAAUAAAGGGAAUAUUUAUCUCCACAGUU